GUAAUGUAUGUCGCGGUAUCGUUCUACUUAGAUCAAGCCUGGGGGCGAAAUACGUAGCCUUUGUGUCUGCUGUCUGGCUAUCAGUUAGUUUGCAAUCAGAUUUCAUUCGCGACGAUACGGUUCCGUGCAAUCCACAUAUUGGAAAGUAAAAUUGUUCAGGAUAAUUACUUUAUCUAUAAAAAACGAAAACCGGGUCAACUAAAUUGUGCAACUCGAAACCGCAAUCGAAAUCCGAUGUAAAGUGUGCUGGAAAACAGGAUUUGGUUUACAACAUAAGCAGUGUGAGCGAUUCGAAUAAUCGUAGAAAAGAAAUGUGCCAACGAUGAUAAAGAUCCGUGAAGUGAUCCGCCAAAAUGAUCCACCAAUCAACCGUCGGCGCGGGAAUGGUGAUUGCCGUGCGACCCGGUUUUUAACGACUCCAUUGCAAUCAAUCGGUAUCGUACUGUGCUUAAGUGUUGUGCUGAUUAAUCGGUGCGGUGCAACCCGCGAGGAUCAUGUUUGCUUUCGAUAUGACAGCUACACCGAGCUCGAGAUAGUUCCCCGCAACCAGACCGUUCAGGUGCUCACCAGAGAAUGGUGCCUGGAGAUCCCAUUUCGCUGCACCUCCUACCGGCCGGAGAUCAAGGAAGUCUUCGUGAAACAGAAUGUCACCAAAACGCGUAAGGUGGAGUACUGCUGCGAAGGCUACGAGCAAAUUACAUCGGAAGAAGACUUGCAAAGUCCAAUCAUCCCUUCACCAGACGGCGGUGCGGUCAAACUUCUAUGUCGUCCCAUUUGCCGCGGCGGUUGCGGCCGUGGCCACUGCGAAUCGCCCAACCGGUGCAGCUGCGAGGCUGGCUUUACCGGAAAACACUGCACCCAACGAUGUCGCAACGGAACCUGGGGCGAGAAUUGCAAAUAUCGGUGCCACUGUCAGAACUAUUCGCUGUGUGAUGGCAAAACUGGCCACUGUCGGUGUACUGAUGGCUGGAUCGGAAAUCACUGUGAGACUCCAUGCCCAAAUGGGUAUUAUGGAACACUGUGCAAGAACCAAUGCAAAUGCAACACAAGUAGAUGUGAUAGGGAGAGUGGCAAAUGUUUGGCCGAUGAUGAUAUUGUGAUGUUUGAGAACAUCACACGAGUCAUGGAAAAGGAUUUCUCAGGUGAAAGCACAGAACGAAUAUCGUUGGAGCAAUGGGUAAAGGUUGAUGGAUCAUCGAGUACCACUCUACAGGUCACCACAGGAAUAGACUCCAUAAAUUCUUCGUACGCUCAGUCUUACCAAGAAUAUAUUCCAUCGAACAUCAACAUCACGUUGAUCCCGAUUGAGAAUAUAACCACCACGACCGAAGAUUCAAAGAACGACACCGUAUAUGAAACUGAGGGAUCUACCACAAAAGUGGAAAUAACCUUCAUUGCCGCCUCAACUACCGAUAAUCCCAAUUCCAAAAAAGAGCCAGAAUUGAUCUUUAUUGAAACUGAAACCAAAACAGAUCUGGUAGAAUUUGUUGAAAACAACGAUGAACAAUCAGAAAUUACAGAAUCCGAAGAAGAUGUGAACCACACACAAGCUGUGGUCACAAUAUCUUGUCUGCUUUUAGCACUAGCAAUGCUUCUAUCGGUAGUGGCUUAUAUGAAGAAAACCAAUCGCAGGGCGAUGAUCAAACAUCAGGAAAUUCUGCAACAACGACAGAUGUCCAUCAGUUCCGACCGUGGUCCCGACAGUCCAAGAGUUUUGGAACCCUUGCCGGACAUACCGAAAGUUACCUACACCAAAGUAAUGGGUAAGAACCAGCGCAAUGGAAACACACAAUUAGAACAUUAUGACGUCCCGGUCAACAACUCAUCCGUGAACAAGUCAUCCCCUUACAACUACAAUUUUACCCUCAAUAAACCACCUCCCGGGCAUCAGCCGGCACGGAAAUACAGUCUGGAGCACAUCUACGACGAAAUUCAGUACCCUCCGAUGACGGAUCUGAAUGGCUCGACGGCUGCAAUACCGGUUGACGGGGGUGAUCAUUUUUCCAAGUCGAUUCUGCCCGACGACAAGAUGAUACCGGUUAAAGUGAUCGAUGAGAUCAAAGGAAAGCAAUAAUGAAUUGAUGACUGUUGAAUUUUUA